CACUCAGAACUUCUAUAUAGAGAGAGAGAGAGACAGAGAGGGUCGUCCCCAAGGUCACGCACACUUCUUCCUCUUAACUAGACUGUCAACCAUGAUCUCCCAGAAGAAGCUGCUCCGUGAAGUGUCCGGCUGGCUUAAAGUCUUCGAAGAUGGUUCGACUGACCGCACAUGGACUGGACCCUCUGAGGUACAGUUCAUGGUCGAGACGGUCCAACCCCAUGAAGAAUUCAUCAAUGGAGUUGCUACACGUGAUGUGGUGGUCGACAAAGACUCAGGCCUUCAGGUACGAAUCUAUCUACCGGAGAUAAAACCCAGGGACGAGAUAAAGCUGCCCAUAAUCCUCCAUUUCCAUGGAGGUGGCUUUUGCAUAAGCCGAGCUGAUUGGUACAUGUACUACCACAUGUACACCAAUCUUGCACGGUCAGCCAAGGCCAUUUUUGUCUCUGUCUAUCUAAGGCUCGCACCCGAGCACCGUCUGCCCGCUGCUAUAGACGACGGCUGGUCUGCUCUCCUCUGGCUUCAAUCCCUUGCUCAAGGUGACUCGUACGAGCCAUGGCUCGUGGACCACGCGGACUUCAACCGCGUGAUCCUUCUAGGAGAUAGCACAGGAGGAAACAUUGUGCAUGAGCUGGCCGCUCGAGCGGGGAAGGUGGAUUUGAACCACAUGAGGCUAACAGGUGGGAUUCUUAUCCACCCCGGUUUCGUUCGAUCCACGAGGAGCAGGUCGGAGUUGGAGCAGCCAGAGUCUCCUAUGCUUACACUUGACAUGGUGGACAAGUUUUUGAGCUUGGCACUUCCAGUGGGGUCCAGCAAGGACCAUCCUAUAACUUGUCCGAUGGGUUCUGGAGCACCGGAUUUAGUUACCCUGAAGCUUCCACCAUUUCUUCUAUGCGUUGCUGAAAUGGACAUGAUUGUAGAUACUGAGAUUGAAUACUACGAAGCCAUGAAGAAGGCUGAGAAGGAUGUGGAGCUCUUGAUUAGCCCUGGUGUGGCUCAUAGCUUUUAUCUUAACAAGAUCGCCAUUGAAAUGGAUCCGCAGACGGCUUCCCAAACUGAGAUUCUGAUUUCAAGGAUCACAGAGUUCAUCAAUAAGCACUAAAAUGUUAUAGUCGAUCUCCAUUAGUAUGCUUUUUUCUUUCUCGU